AAUAUAACUUCUUCCUGCCCAUUAUCAACCAGAACAUGUUUUCCCUCCCAAUCGAUUGUGUGGCAAUUCGCAUUCAGAAAUCCGAACUGUCCAGGGGAUGACAAUGCAAUGCUAUCCUCACUCUAAUUCAACUCGCUUUCUUUUACCCUUCCAAUCUGCCUCUCCCUCGCCUCCCAAUGUUCUUGCCUCUGCAAUUUCGCCUCUCUCUUCAACCCCAAGAAGAGCUCUUUCUCUCUCCCUUAUCUCCGCCGCCUCUUUCUAUGCCUUAAUCUCCUCACUUCCUCCUCCUUCAUCGGCGUCGUCUUUGUCAUCUUCCUCUUCUUCAAAAUUCCCCGUAUCUGACUUCUUUGAGCUCCCGAAUUCUGGUGGCGUUAAGGUUUUGGACUUGCUUGAUGGUUCCGGAGAAGUUCCCGCCAAGGGAGACCGGGUUGCAAUUCAUUACUAUGGACGGUUGGCAGCUAAACAGGGAUGGCGCUUUGACUCAACAUAUGACCACAAAGAUGAGACUGGAGAAUCAAGUCCUUUUGUUUUCACCCUUGGUUCUGGGAAGGUCAUUCCAGUAAUUGAGGCAGCAGUGAGAUCAAUGAAAGUAGGUGGCAUCCGUCGGGUCAUUAUCCCUCCAUCCCAAGGAUAUCAGAACACGUCACAGGAGCCCAUCCCGCCUAAUUUCUUUGACAGGCAAAGGCUGUUCACUACCAUUUUUAAUCCAACUCGUCUUGCAAAUGGAGAAGGCUCCACUUUGGGAACUCUUAUAUUUGAUAUCGAACUGGUUAGCCUGAGGCAUCAUUGAGGUCAACUUAUAUGAGCUAGGCGUGAAAAACACAAAAUCACAGUCCAUUGACAAGUAUUUUGUGCAGACAAUGGAGAAUCCAGCUUAGUCAAUGCCACUAUCCACCGCCUUCCAAAAGAUCAGGGACCCUGUUCUUGAGGUUUGUCACCUCAGACUUUAAUAUCAAGUCUCCGUAUGUAGAUUGUUUUUCUUUU